AUGGUCGAUUUGGGCCACGGAAUGAAGCUCAUUUGCGCCUUUGUGUAUUGUGAUCCGAAAAAUGAGGACCAGUGUAAGGGGACUGAAAUGGGACUCCCUCUGCGUCUUAUAACCGAUGAGAUGCAUUUGGCAAGGUUCUUGUCCGUGGCAACAACAUAUACGAAAAUGGUACACGUAUAUGCAAUAGAGGUGACUGUUUCUGAUGCAAUUUUGCGGAAGAAACGGCGUGCGUUUGAAAAGUUGUGGAAGGUACCUUCUGGUGUAGUCAUUGAAGAGUUAGAAGAGGCCGAGCCUGUGAUCCGUAAGCCGAAACCGAAAUCUCGAAAGCAAAGUAAACCUAGAAAACCUGAAAGACGGUUGAUUGGAUGGUAUGAAAGGGAUAUUGAAUUUGAAGAGUACAUGGUAAAAUGUCUUGCAGACUAUAAGGAAAAAACUAACAGAGAGGAUGUCGAAGCUUCAAAAACUGUUGCGGUUGAGGUUAAUUGUGCAUUAAAUGUAGAUAAAGGGAUGGCAAAUGCAGAAUGUGCGUUGAAUGCAGGUGUAAGUAGUGAAGAAUGUGUUGGAGGUGUUGGUGGUAUUGCAAUGGUUGCAGAUGGUGCAUGUGUACAAGUUGAUGAGGGUAUUGAAGUGGACGUGCCUCAUGAUAAAGAGACUAUGAUGGAUGGUGAUAUUGCACAAGUUGGUGUUGUACAAUGUGAUAUUGUACAUGGUGAUGCUGUACACUGCGACGGAGGUAGCACAGUGGGUAUAGAGCAUGAUAAUGAGACUACGGAUGCUCGAGCAUGUCCAACACCACGCGAUAAUGGGAAAGGAAUAGUUGUUCUACAAAAGGAUGUCUAUAUACCAUGUCUGGAUGAACUUCUUACAAACUGCCCUUUACGCAAUGACGACGUUGAUGAUGAGGUGGAUGAAUUUAUUUCUUUGUACGAGAUGUGUCGUGAUGAGCAGCUGUUCUCGUCAUACUUUGAUGACAUUUUUCAGCAAGAAAAUCAAAUUCCAAGUGGAUGUGGUGGAUGGGCGUCUGUGAAUGAAGCGUGUGAAGGUAAUCUAGAUGGGGAAUCAGUUCUUGAAGUUGUUGAAAAUGAAGUUUGUGAUGGUGAAGAAUUCCAUGAUCUCCCAAAGAGAGGUGUAGGUAACCAAGAAGAGACAUCCGCCACUCAAGUUUGUGAGGGUACAACCCGACAACAAAAACAAAAGAAACAAGGAAGAAGGCCAGCAGAGACGAUGCAAAUUGUUGAUCCUUAUGAGGCAGAACUUCUGCAAGAUUAUUUGCAUUGUCCACUACAUGAUAACUCGGCUUCUGAUGAGGAAAGAGAUGAGAACUUAGCAUUAUACGCCAUAUUUACGUUCACCGGAGAAUGUCCUACCUGGAAUGUAGGAGAUGUAUUUAAAAGCCGAAACUUCUUCCGCGAUGUGCUCCGCCAGUAUGCAGUUAUGUCGAGGAGACCAAUGGAACUACAUAGGAAUGACAAAACUAAAUUGAGGGCUAGAUGCAAGGGAAAUGGAUGCAAAUGGUUUGUUUCUUUGGCUAAGAAUAGUGCAUACAACACUGAAGACUACAUAUUGAAGAAGGUACACAAAGAGCAUGCUCAUACAUGCACUGAGAUACAAAAGAAUAAGUGGAUUAGUGCAAAGUGGUUGGGUGAACAAUUCAUGGAGAAGAUCAAAGCAAAUCCACAUAUUCCAAUACAAGUGAUACGCCAAUGUGUUGAUGGGCAGUUCGGUGUUCUGCUAAGUAGGAUGACAGCUUAUCGGGCUCGAGAAGCAGCACUAGAAGGCAUAUAUGGUAAGACGGGCCGGCAGUACGGCAGACUUUUUGAUUACAAAAGAGAACUUCUAAGGACACAUCCUGACUCAACAGUUGAGAUACUCUACGAGAGCAAUAGGGAUGAAGGGAGUACGGGUCCAAACUUUGAAAAUCACAAAUUUGGUGCUUGCCUAUUGAAUUACAAAUCAGGUGUUUUUCAACAUUAUCACGAAUUUGGUUCUAUUUCAAAAGUUUGA